AUGGAAAUAUCAAAUUUCCUGGAGAAUGGGAAUAUUCCCAAGGAAGCAAACAAUUCAGGAUGCAAUCGGAUGAACCUUUGCACUUUGGCUCUUUUAAUACUGGUUGUGGUUCCACUUUUGAUAGUCUGCUUUCUGUGCCUUCAUAGCCAGUCUCCGGAGAUCUGCUGGGCUCAUGCAACUUCACCUUCAGAUGAUCAUGGUCAUUACAUCAUAUGGAAGUGGAACUUGACAGACUGCAGUAGCUUCGUAAGGAAUGACUCUGACCAAAAGCUGGAGAUCCUGCAGAGUGGCAUGUACUUCAUCUAUGCCCAGGUGACCCGCAUAAAGGAAAUAGAAAGUUAUUUUACGAUGAUGCUGUACAAAGAUGAGAAUAUUCUCCUCAACCAGAUGACUGGGACAAAUACUGGGGAGAAAACUGCCUCCAUCAAUUUCGGGAGACCUUAUUUUCUGAGCAAGGGGGAGAAGCUGUUCUGUACGAUCAAUAGCGGACUUGGACACAUCUUGAAAGACAAUCAGACUUACUGGGGGCUGUACAAAAUGUAA